AAAAGAAAAGAAAAGAAAGAAACAAAGGGAGAUUAUGAGCAACCACCGGGGCGGCGGAAUGGCAUCGAAGGAAAGGCUGUACGAGCUGUGGAUGCUGUAUUACACAAAGAAGGAUGUGAGCUACCUGCAGCAGUGGCUGGAGGCAUUUGUGGCAUCCUUUGAGAGGCUCAUUGACGUGCAGUCACUGGAGCCUCGUAGACUGGAAGAGGGGAGCUCAGAGGUGCCCUUGCUCCCCCGGGAGGUGCUGGUGUUGCUCAGCACCCAGCUAUGGCAUAGUGCGCUCCACCUCUCCAGCGCCGCCGAGCCCAGCAGCAGCACCCCCCACCCGCUGCUGCUCAUCAAGUUCUUCAUUAUUGUCUGCAGGAACAUGGAGAACAUUGACCCCGAAAAGACCCCUAGUUUUGUUUUUGAAACUAUCAAGCUUUUGAAUUUCUGUUUGGAACAGUUAAAGAAAGGACAAGGAGAGAAUCUGUCUCUGCAGCUGGUUGUGCAGUAUGGACUCGUGCUCUGUGAGAGUCUCUUUGACCCUUAUCAGACAUGGAGGAGACGUCUGGCAGGGGAGGAGGUCAGCUUGCUGGAGAGGAACAAGUAUAAGUUCUCCCCCCUGGCCUUGCCAGAAGAACUGCCUGCACUCUUCCACGAUAGUCUCCAGGAAAGCGAGCAGAUACAAGAGCUCCUCACACUCAGAUUGGUUCAUCUUCAGGGCGCCGUCAUCAGUGGAGGAAAGAAAAACGCUCUACUUUCCAUCAGCCCUCAGUCUGUUGAGGACCUGUUCUCUGUUCUUCGGGCUUGGUGCUGUCAGACCUCGCCUGAACCAAAAGACACCAAACUCCCCCGGCUGACGCUGCAGUGCCUGACAGCCAUGAUCCAUCUCCUGCACUCCAGCAGCCCUGUGGAGAGGCAGGUGGAGAUUAGGACCAUACUGGAGAGCUACUUUCAGCUCCUCAACUGGAACAGGCCGCUCAGCAUCGAGCAGGAGGACAGGCAGAGCUGGGAGGACAGCCUGAUCUCGCUCCAGAGCCAAAUGCUAACUGCGGUGCCCGAGAUCCUGCAGUGCUCCGACAGACCGGUCCUGCAGGCGGUCUUCCUCAACAACAACUGCUUUGAACACAUCAUCAGACUUAUUCAAAACAGCAAGCUCUUUCAGAGCAACAGGCGUAGGCCGGAGCGUGAGGUUAUGUGUGACCUCACCACAGGUUUACUCUCAGAUGGCGAGGUGGACCAGGUGUUGGAGAAAGGAUCAGACAAUAUCACAGUUCAUGCCCUGGGGGUCCUUACAGCUAUAAUGAGUAACUCACCUUCUGCUAAAGAGGUUUUCAAAGAGCGGAUUGGCUACUCACAGUUGUUUGAUGUGUUGAAGAGCCAAGGUCAACCCACCAAAAGGCUCCUGCAGGAGCUGAUGAACAUGGCAGUGGAGGGGGAGCACGCCCACGCUCAUCACCUUGGCAUCAGCAACGACCAGCCCUUGCUGCUGCUUUUGCAGUGGCUGCCUGACCUGUCGGGUCAGAGGGACCUGCAGCUGCUGGUGGCCCAGUGGUUAGCAGCUGUGUGCGGAGGCUCCCUGUCCUGUCGCACCGUGGCUGUGGAAGCAGGCAUGGUGGGGGCUUUGCUGCAGGUGCUCUUGGAGCCUCAGAAUCUGGACAGGCAAUGUGCAGACGCCCUGCUGGGCCUCCUGGAGGACUUGGGCUCCCUGUGUCUGAGACCAGAGGAGCUGAAGAGCCUCCUAAGGCUCCUGAGAGUGGAUCAGGAGAGUGGUACGGUGGUAGGUAGGGCGCACCCCUACUGCACUCGCAUCAUACGGGUGCUCUCAGCCAUGGCAGCCAGAGAAGGCCAGGACAGUGCUUUGCAGUAUUUUGAUCUUACGCCCCCCAUGGCCGGCAUCAUGGUACCCACGGUCCAGCGAUGGCCUGGCAGUGGCUUCGCGUUUCAUGCUUGGCUCUGCCUCAACAUGGAUUUCCCUUCUUGUCACUCGGAGUUCUCCAACAGCCGUAAAGCUCCUGCCAGCUCGGGCACGGGGCCUCAUCUUGACAUGGGAAAAGGACCACGUAGGAAGCAGCUCUACAGUUUUUUCACUGCAAGCGGAACUGGGCUUGAAGCCUUCUUCACAAUGGAGGGGGUGCUGGUGGUGGCUGUGUGCACUAAGAAGGACUACAUGGCAGUCGCUUUGCCCGAGUACCCACUUGAUGACUCGUGCUGGCAUUCAGUGGCCAUAGUUCACAUCCCAGGCCGCCGUCCUUUUGGUCAAAACCUGGUCACAAUCUACAUUGAUGGAGAACAACGUAAAACCGCUCAGCUUCGCUUUCCAUCUUUCAGUGAGCCUUUCACCUCCUGCUGCAUCGGCUCUGCGGGACACCGGACCACUACCACCACCACCUCCCCCAACCUCCCCAUGUCCUUUACCUCCUGUCCGUCGCCUGAGUUUGCCUUCCCCUCCCACGCUCCCUCCCUCAGCCGUUCCCAGUCCUUCCCUGCCUCCUUCGCAGGAGGCCGAUGGGGAUCUUUGCCAGAAUCUUCCGUGCAUGCUAUUCCAGCAGGACUCCAGGACACAGAGUGGGGAUCACCCACAUCUCUGGAUGGGCUCCUUGGAACAGCCUUCAUCUGCCAUGAGGCUCUGCAACAGGCUCAGGCACGAGCCCUGCAUGCUGCAGGCCCUAAUCACGUGUCCCUAUUCAAAGUGGAUGGAGAGUUAUCUGAUCUCAAUGGCAAGCUUCUGCUCUACUACACUCCACAGGCAUUUAAGAGUCAGAUAUGUUUGGAUCUGGCGCCCAAUCACCUGUACGAUGGCAGACUUACAGGACAUAGAGUGGUGAACUGGGACAUCAAGGAUGUUGUAAAUGUGGUCGGAGGCAUUGGUGUUUUGCUGCCUCUGCUCGAGCAGGUUUGUGAGGCUGAGCAAGUUUAUAAUGGCGGCCAGGAGACUUCAGACUUGUUGGGACCAGAGCUCACUUCCUCCAGAGGCCCUGCUGCCAUGCUGCUUCCUCUGAACAAAUCCGCAGAAGGCCGACUUGAGAGAAACAGUAUUGCUGCCUUCCUGCUGAUGGUGAAAAACCUGAUUCGUCAUCACCCCGUCAAUCAGGAGAGCCUGCUGCAGUGUCAGGGGCCGAGCAUCAUGGGGGCCAUGCUCAGCAAAGUUCCAGGCAGUAUGAUGGACAUGAACGUUUUAAUGGCCUGUCAGCUACUGCUGGAGCAGGUUUUCAACGAGGGCAACAGCACACUUCUACAGCAACUCUACCAGCACCUGCUCUUUAAUUUCCGCAUUUGGACUAAAAGCCAUUUUGCUGUUUGCUUGGCACAUGUUCAAUACCUUUCAACGGUGAUAAACAAAAGCAAGCAGCGCAUGAAGAGGAAGUACGGAGUCCAGUACAUUCUGGACACCAUUCGGACAUAUUACAGUGUUGAGAAAGACGGCAGCUCUCUGUCUGAUGAGAAGCAGACGAUUCAGGCGUCUCUGUUUUCCCUCCUGAAAGAUUUUCUCAAAUCUCCGACACCAGAGGAGCUCCACAGCGUCCUCGGGUACAUUCUGACUGUUGGAGAGGAGCAGCAGGUUUCCUCAGCGUUUAUCAGCGGCCCCUCUCUCUUCCAGGUGGUGAAAGCCUUGGACGUGCUGUACGAGCUGCUGAGGAGCAGCCCUCCUCGUGAGCAGGUGCAGACCGUGCUGCUGGAGUGGGGCGUGGAGCAACUGUACGCGCUGCUACUCACUCCGGGCUUUGGGGAUGAGGCCAGAGAGAGAGUGUUCAGGGUUUUAUACAAAAUCCUCAAGAGUGAGAAGGUAUCUGAGCGCAACAAGCAGCGCAUCAAGUUGAGAGAUUUUGGUUAUCUCGGACUGGUCUGUUUUCUUGAAGACAUUCCUGUAACUAUGACGAGCGUGCGCUGUCUGUACGAGCAGGUCCUUGCAACAGAUACCAGUCCUAGUUUUAGAGACCUCCUGGCUGUGGUCUGUCUGUCCCACCGGGCUGAACUCACUGUACGACUAGACGUCUGCCGCAAGCUCUUCCAUUUGAUCUACUCUAAUGAGGAUUAUGUGAAGCAGCUCGCCAAGCAGCCCGGCUGGCAGGAUGUUCUGACCAAACUCUAUGUGAAAGAGUCCUUUGAGUCCCACGCUGCCAGCAUUGCAGACUCAGGCAACCACGCCUCCUUCGAGCCCAACUACCGGCCGCCGCUGCGCAGAGACCAGUCUCUGGUCAUCGACGACACGCGCACGGACAUCUUCCUGAGCUACCGCAAUUCGCAGGACAUUGAGGAUGAGGAGGAGGAGGACGAUGGCGGGCAGCGGGACAUCUCUGAAGGGUUUUCCGACCUAUCCCAAUCGCCUCCCAGUGGAGGCGGAGGCGCUUUGAAGAGCUUCACGGGCUCCCUUCAUUUCAAGUCGUUCGAUUCGGUGGAUCAGGAGAGCCAUUCGUCCUCUGUCUCCAAUGCAGUUGAUAUUACCUCAUCUCGGACUGAAGAUGAGGGGAGAGACUACCAGCCGCUCUCUCCCUUUGGGACGUCGCCCUUUGAUAUAGAAUUGGCGGGCGUGGGGGAGACGGGCACUCUCACCCCUGCCGGGAGUCUGACCAACACGCCGUCUCCUCUAGAGCACUGCAAACCCUUCCCACCGCACAGACCCCGGAAAAGCUCCAGCCUGUCCAACGUGCUGGACGACGCCAGCUAUGGGACAGACCCCCCCACUGGAGACACAAUCUCUAAUACAUCCAAUCCUCAGACCCCUGAGGAGGAGCUGUGCAACCUGCUCACCAACAUCAUCUUCUCUGUGCUGUGGAGCGGCAGCGGCGCGGAGGGGGUGGGGGAUGUGGUGUGGCGGGAGAGGGGCCAGGUGUUUUCCGUUCUCACCAAACUGGGCUCCUCCUGCCAGCUGGUGCGCCCUCCUGAUGAAAUCAAGCGCAGUCUUUUGGAGAUGAUGCUAGAGUCGUCCCUAUCUGACCUGAGGGGUGCCCAGGGAGUGUCCCUGCCUUUCUGUCCCAGUCUGGUGCGACUCCUCAGGCUGCUUCAGGACUUCCUGUUUGCAGAGGGCACAGACAACCGCACACUAUGGAGCGAGAAGAUCUUUGAGGGGGUGGUGAACCUGCUGGACAGGUUACAGGCCUGGCACAGCACCCCUGGAAACCCUGGAAACACUGAACUGAAGGAGAUGGCUCAGAUCGGCCUGCGUAUCAUCACAGGAUAUAUCCAGCAACAGCACUCACAGGUGUGUGUGAUGGCUUAUUUGAAGCUACACAGCCUCCUCCAGACUGUGCUCUGUCUGAGCUGGGAGGAGGUCUGCUUCCUUUUGGGGCAGCUUGGUGCCCCCUUGUGGCCAGGGGGUGUAAUGGACGGCACCAACUGCAGUCAGUCGGAAACCUUUGCCCAGCUGGUGCCUAUUGUGCGCACUCUGCUUGACCAGCACGCUGACCCCAUCACGCUGGGGAACCUGUUGCCAAACCUGCCCACCACCAACGGCAGCACCACUUUUGCACAGGACCUGAAGGUUUACUGUCACACACCGGAGUGGCAGGGCUUUUACCAGCAGCAGGUUCGUGUCUGGACUGGCUUUUGUGUUCAGCCCACCAAAGAGCAGUACGAGCUGGACACAUUUGGGAGGAGCCACGAUAUUAUGUCCAAUUUCUGGAACUCCUGCUUCGAUGACCUGAUGAGCACAGCGUUUAGACGCGAGAAAGAACGAUCUGACAGCAAAUCCAAGUUUCAGGAGAUGAUCACAGACCCUUACCUCAAGCGACUCCGGAGUGAGAACAACAGGUACUCCACUUGGCAGAAGCAUAACUCCAGCCAGCAGGGGGUGGUGUGGCAGCACUGGAGGGCCCUCCGAAGACUCUUUACCUGUGAGAGAGGAGCGUGGGCCAACAAAGUUCAGCCAGAGGUGAAAUGGAAACUGUCAAACGCAGAGACCUACUCAAAGAUGCGUCUCAAACUUGUGCCCAACUAUGACCAUGAUCCCCACAGCGAGGCCAGCGCCCUAAGGGACAACAUGGGAGCUGAAAGCCCCCGCAGCUCUGAGCCCCUGCCGCUGGCUGUUGCCAAAGAAGCAAAAGUGAGCGACAUGGAGGAUGAUCAGUUGGGAGAGGAGGACCUUGUCUUUUUGGAUGAUAAGGUGGAAGGAGAAGAUGAGAGCCAGAAAGAAAAACUGGUUCUGUCUGAAGAGUGUGAGCUCAUCACCAUUGUGGCGGUUGUUCCGGGUCGGCUGGAGGUUACCACACAUCACCUGUACUUCUAUGACGGCAACAGCGAGAAAGAGGAGACAGAAGAGGGAAUUGGGUUUGACUUCAAAAGACCUCUGUCUCAGCUCCGAGAGGUUCAUUUGAGGCGCUACAACCUGCGACGGUCGGCUCUGGAGCUUUUUUUCAUUGACCAGUCUCACUAUUUUAUCAACUUCAGAAAGAAGGUACGAAAUAAAGUUUACUCCAGGAUCCUCGGACUGCGACCUCCAAACCUGUUUUACUUCGGCUCCCGCUCUCCCCAAGAGCUACUGAAGGCAUCUGGCCUCACUCAGAAAUGGGUGUAUAGAGAAAUAUCCAACUUUGAGUAUCUGAUGCAACUGAACACCAUCGCUGGGCGCACCUACAAUGAUCUGUCACAGUAUCCUGUGUUUCCCUGGGUGCUGUGUGACUACACCUCUCCUACUCUGGAUCUGAAUGACCCCUCCGUCUUCAGGGACUUGUCCAAACCAAUCGGUGUGGUCAACUCAAGGCACGCUCAGAAUGUCCGAGAAAAAUAUGAAAGCUUUGAAGACCCAACAGGAACCAUUGACAAAUUCCACUAUGGCACACACUACUCUAAUGCAGCAGGAGUCAUGCACUACAUGAUCCGCAUGGAGCCGUUUACCACGCUGCACAUCCAGCUGCAGAGUGGCAGGUUUGAUGUUGCGGACAGACAGUUCCACUCGGUGGCAGCUGCCUGGCAGGCUCGCAUGGAGAGUCCAGCCGACGUCAAAGAGCUCAUCCCGGAGUUCUUCUACUUCCCAGAAUUCCUGCAAAACAUGAACGGUUUCGACCUCGGCCAGUUACAGAUAUCUCAGGACCCAGUCACAGAUGUUGUUUUUCCUCGCUGGGCUACAUCAAGGGAGGACUUCAUCAGAAAACACAUGAAAGCCCUGGAAUCGGAGCAUGUGUCCAGUCACCUCCACGAGUGGAUUGAUCUCAUAUUUGGUUACAAGCAGAGAGGGGAAGAGGCUGUAAACGCCCUCAAUGUCUUCUAUUACUGCACGUAUGAGGGCGCAGUAGAUCUGGAUGCUAUUGCCAAUGAGAAUGAGAGAAAGGCCUUGGAAGGCAUCAUUAGCAACUUUGGUCAGACACCCUGCCAGCUCCUUAAGGAACCUCAUCCCACUCGUAUGACGGCUGAAAACGCAAGUAGGCGGCUCUCCCGCUUGGACACUGUGCCCCCAAAUAUCUUUGAGCACCUCAAGAAGCUUCGGCCAUUCGUAGAGGUGGUGAGUGAUGGCAUUCCUCUGGUCCAAGCCGUGGUGCCAAAGAGCCAGAAUCGCUCCUUCAUCAUCCAGGGCUCGGAUAUCCUGGUGACUGUGAGUUCAAACGGUUUGAUGGGGACACACAGCUGGCUUCCGUAUGACAAAAACAUCGCCAACUACUUCACCUUCACUAAAGACCCCACAAUGAGUAAUCCCAAGACUCAGCGUCUGCUGAGCGGGCCUUUCUCUCCCGGAGUGGACAUCAGUGCCCAGGUGCUGGUGGUGUCCAAUGACGGGCGUCUGCUGUUCAGCGGGGGGCACUGGGACUGCAGUCUCCGUGUCACUCAGACGGGGAAGGGCAAACUGGUGGGCAGGAUCUGCCGGCACAUCGACAUUGUGACUUGCUUGGCUCUGGACCUCUGUGGCAUCUACCUCAUCUCUGGCUCAAAGGACACAUCGUGUAUAGUGUGGCAGGUUUUACAGCAGGGUGGAUUUUCCAGUGGUCUGUCUCCCCGACCGGUGCAGAUUCUCAGUGGACAUGACCAGGAGGUUACCUGCGUGGCCAUCAGCACUGAACUGGACAUGGCGGUCUCAGGGUCAAAGGAUGGAACUGUGAUAGUGCACACCGUCCGACGAGGCCAGUUCCUGCGGACGCUCCGCCCCCCCGGUGACAGCUGCAUACCCGCCCAAAUCUCUGAGCUCCAGGUGGGCAUGGAAGGCCACAUUGUGGUGCAGACAUCUUUGGAGGAACGCUCCAACAGGAAGGGCAAGUACUCCAUUCAUGUUUACUCAGUGAACGGCUGCCUGCUGUCCUCUUUCACCAUGGAGGAGCAGGUGACCGCGCUCCACCUGGUGUCUGAAUACGUCAUCGUGGGAACCAUGCAAGGCAGCCUCCACGUACGAGAUUUGUGCAGCCUGGAUGCUUUGGUUACACCCUUGGCCUUGAGGGUGCCUGUGAGGAGUGUGUCCGUCACCAAAGAGUGCAGCCACAUACUCGUGGGACUCGAGGACGGGAAGUUAAUCGUGGUGGGGGCGGGGAAACCAGAAGAGGUACGCUCAGGACACAUCACCCGUCGCCUGUGGGGCUCCACACGCCGCAUCUCUCAGGUGUCAUCAGGUGAAACUGAGUACAAUCCCACUGAAAACGCUGGCAAAUGAGACGAGCAAUUGUGGAGGAGCUCCGGGGACUUUGCUGGACGCAAAUAUUCCUUCCUACAAAAGACUCGAAAUGGCCUUCUUUUACAUUCAAGCUGGGAAAUCGACCUCCUAAGCUACUGGUCUCUCUGAGAGAGCGAAUAAACACUGAGCACUUUUAAAUCUGAAGUAAUUUUAUAUUUUACUGCAUAUUUCAUUUACAGUUGAGCUGUUUCUAUGAUCAGCAUCAUUCCAAAGAGUGGCCUUGUUUCACAUGUUGGUGAGAGCUUGGGAACUAUGUGCGCUGAGUCAGAUUUCAGGGGAAUGAUUCACUCUGAUGCACACACGGCCUCCAACAGUAACGCUGUGAACUCCCCCAGGGCGCCACAUUUUUUACUUCUUUGUUGUCGGAAGCGCAACUGCGAAUGUCCCAAAGCCAUUGAUUGGUAAUGGCAUCUUAAAAAAAAGACAACUCCUGGAAACUUGAAAAACUACAGUAAACACCGCUUAAGAUUUGGAGAUUGCAAUACUGCUGAAUACCACAGGAGGGUUGACUCUGUACAGCAAAACGGGGGCUAAGGGAAACUAACUUUUCAAUGUAUGCUGUGUUGUGGGUUUCAGUGGUUGACAGAUGCUUAUUCUUGCUGUAAAACUGCACAACCGUGCAAACCAUAGUUUAAAAGAGUGCAUUCUUCUGUUACAGUUAAGGCAAAACCUGCUUUAACAGUAAAGUAUGUGAAAUAUAUUCACGUUUUAAAGACUAAUUUGUGCUUCGAUGUAACGAAUCUCAACAGGGGACCCUUCUUUUGCCUUGAACACAGUAGGCCUUUAUGAAUGCUUCUUAGGUUGUUUUGUUUCGCGGCUCAUCACACGACUAUAUGUACAUCCUUGUUUUAUUUGAUUAGAAAAGUGCCUUGUAUAAACACUGAAUUGCAGUCAUUAUUGUCUCUGUAGGACCACUGUGUGUCAGGUUUUAUCUGUGUGAUUUGAGCAGGCCUUACUCCUCCACUGUGACUCACUGAUGUGGGUAACGCAGUUCAUGAAACCUUUAGUAAACUACUGGCUAGAUGGAGGUGCUUGCCUGUACUGGUAUCUCACUGUGAAAACAUCUGAAGACGCGAUGACUUUGAAACAUAAAGUAAAAGGUCUGUGAGUGAGCUGUAUAGGAAUUCACUUCCUGCCUGGCUUUUUUUUUUUUCCUUUUAACUGUGGUUGUAACUGUGCAGUGUCAUGAUGAGGGAGACAAAGGGAACUGUGUGGGGGGAAUACAACACUCAAAGCAUGUUGCACACACACAAAUAACCUGGUAUUUUUUAGCGAUAAUAAUUAAUGCAAACCCACACAAGAGAAUCUGUAUGUUCAAUGAUGACUUAGGCUGUCUCUGUCCACAUUUUGGACGACAGUACAACAAAGGCAAAUGCUCGAGCGGCUGGGACAGUUGUUUAAAAGAGUUUCUGUCAUAAACUCACUUUGUGUUGUGACUGUUGUGAACACUUUGAUGUUUUUAUCCUUUUGUGUGUCUUUGCGGUCAUUAUAGUCACUGUACACCAUCAAAAAGCAGAUUUAAGUCAUGCUUUGCGCAAUGUAUUUUAUAUUUGUUUCAAAGUCCCUACUGAAUGCUUUAUGUGUAGGCCAGCACUGCCUUGAAAUUGGAAUUGUUCCAUUUCUCCUCCACAGAUAUUAUUCUGCAUUUGUGCACAUCUGGGAAUAUGUUGACAAUACAGCUGACUUGUAGAAAAUCCUGCAGCCUGACCUGCUGAUUUACCGACGCCUUCUUUCUACCUUACAUCUGCCAGUGCCUGACGUUUCUUUGGUCUUUUUUGAGAAUGCCCAAACACUGCUCCUAAAUGUGACGGGGCUGUUACAGUAAUCCUCUCUUCGGUGAACACUCCUGCUCAUCUCUUGGGGAUGAUCGCCCAUUACUGACAACAGAGCUCGUUUCGGUGCAUUUGAACCCCUGCAGGAUGUAAAGUGAUCUGCUGGCCGGGUGUGGAUCCUGCAGCUCCUGCACUGUAAUCCCAGCCUCUCAUGCGUCUGUGAUGUUAACCCCGGCGGAGUUGAAAAGGUCACAGCAAGAAGCAGCGCAUGUACUUGAAGGGGAGACUUUGAUCUCCUGAUGGGCUGAACAUCCUGUCAGCCUCCCCAUAAACACCUCUGUGGGGGUAUAAAUUCAGCAGGAGCGGGGCGUGGGGGGGGGGUGGGUUAGUUUGGUAGUAAAACUGUUCUGUCGACCUCCAGUCAAUUUCUGAAUGAGGAAGAGGAGGAGGGGUGGGAGUGACUGUGAUAUGUGCUACGACAGUGGAAGGAGGAUUUAACACCUUGCUCUCAGCUAUGGGCAGCAUCUUUUCUCUGCCCCCCCCCCAGAUCUGAAGGCACACAUUAAGGGAUAGAUUUUGUGAGAUGCUACAAUUUUGGGACUCUUCCAGAUGUUCCAAGAAUAUCGACAACCCUCAAACAGACUUCAAACAAAUGACCUCGGACAUCCCUAAGCCCUCCUCUUCUCCUGGUUUCAUGGCCAGAUUGUGUUUUUAUUUAUUUCUUUCCAGCGGCCAUAUUAUCCCUCUUGGGCCACAUGUGGCCACAGAGGAAAACUGCGCUCUCUGAUUAAGAGUCUUUGGAGAUGCAGCCAACAUAAUAUGGACAAAGAAAAAUAAAGAAAUGAGAAGGAUUGUUUAUUCAUCUGAUCUCUGAUGAACUUCUGUUUAUUUGAUCAUUUGUUUAGCCUUUGCUCCCAUACAUUGACUAAUGUUCUCUCCCCCUUCUUUUCUCACAGUUAUUUAAGACCUCAAUUUAGGCUUCAAAUUCUACAAUAAAUGA